AUGCUACCACCCUGAGGGAGGACGUCCGUGCGGAGAGAGAGAGAGGAACCCAAAUAAUUCGCCGUCUUUUUAUUAUUAUUAUUAUUGUUAUUUAGACUUGUGCAGUUGUGUUGUAGAUCAGUGCGUUCAGUGCGUCUCCGAGCGACGAGUUCGCAAACUGGCGAUGUAAUCAUCGCGUAUUACGUGCCCGAAAAAAGCCCCCAAAAAAAAUGAUUUGACGUCGUCGCAUUCUGGAGAAGAAUCCAGUGGGGGUGGGGAGGGCCUAUUGCUCUCCGCACUCAGGAAGGCACUUGGUUUUUUUUUGUUUCAAACAAAAGGUGGUAAGUGAAAAGAUGUCAAACGAAAUGAGUGACACAUCGUUGCUACCCGAGAGUGACGUCAUUUAAACAUUCGAAACUGUCGAACGGGGAAAAAACGGAACAAAAUGUACGCCAGUUAGGGCAAGAGAACAAAACAGAAUGAAUCCGGAAGAGGUGUCGCCGCGGGCGCCGGAACGAGAAGCCGUCGCUGCACGCCGACGGUACGACAACGUGACAGGUGGUAGCUGCCAUCGCUGCGCCCUCCCCACCGACCAAAUAACGAACGGCCAAUCAUCGGGACGGCCGACAAAAACAAACUGGCACUUAAUUGCUGCCGCUGCACGACACACGCGCACACACAAAGUCCUUGCGGCGUGAUGACGCUCUCCCCCUCUCGUGCACCGAUGAUUAGCGCCGCGACGUCAUCGUCGCCGGUGGUGGACGACAUUUGAUCCGAGUCAAUCCCGCACAACAACAACAACAACAACAAGAAGAGACGAACACGACGACGUAGGAUAGCUUCUGUUUAAUAAACAACAGUGUAGAUUGCUGGUGGCCAUCGCCUCGGGGCUUCUUGCUAUCGGCCCGCAGGUGAUGAUCCCUCCAAACGAUCGGCGCCCACCCUUUAUCCCCGCACGUGUUCCGGCGUGAGAAACCCCAUUGGUUGACUUUUUAAGGCCUUUUAAGAGGAGAAGAAAGAAAAAGGAAAAAAAAAACAAUUGAUUAAAAUUAACAAUUGAUUCGUUUGAAAAUUUUCAAAAAAUAUAAAAUAAAGGGAAUUGUUAAGUGGGCGUGGCAGGUGUGGGGGAAAAAAAAAAUAGUGACACAUUUUUUGUACUCUGCAGAGAGAAAACAAUAAUUUGAAUUGUUCUCAAAAUGGCGGAUGUGAAUAAAAAAUUCGGCCGACCGGCAAUGCUGAAAUUGUUGGUCCGUUGGUUUUGGUUCGUCGUUUGGACGUGUCUGUGGCUGGCCGUUUUGCGAGUGGUGGGCCAGCAACGGGCGAUGGCAACGCCGGCCUCUAAUUCGGCCGGCUCGUCGAUCCAGUUGGCGGGCGACAUCAUUUUGGGCGGGCUGUUUCCCGUGCACGUCAAGGGCGAGAAGACGCCGUGCGGAUCGGCCGUGUACAAUCGAGGCAUCCAGCGGCUGGAGGCGAUGCUCUUCGCUGUGGAUCAGAUCAACAGCGAGGGCAAACUAUUGCCGGGCAUCCGGCUCGGCGUCAACGUGGUGGACACUUGCUCGCGCGACACGUACGCCCUGAACCGGUCGCUCGAGUUCAUCCGCGCCUCACUCAACGCCAUGGACCAUUCGACUAGUCUCAGUUCGGCCGCUUCCGGCAGUGCGGCUUCCUUCCAGUGUCGCGACGGAUCGACGCCCAGGGAUCGCAGGCCUCCCAGCCAGCAGACGAAAGGAUUGGGCCCCGUCUUCGGAGUCGUCGGCGGCUCGUACAGCUCCGUUUCCAUCCAAGUGGCUAAUCUGUUGAGACUCUUCCGCAUUCCGCAAAUCUCGCCCGCUUCCACAGCCAAAGUCCUCAGUGACAAGUCGAGAUUUGAAUUCUUCGCCCGAACAGUUCCGCCGGAUGAUUAUCAGGCUAUUACGCUGGUCGAUUUAGUGGAGCGUUUCAAUUGGACGUACAUCUCGACGGUGGCCAGCGAAGGCUCGUACGGAGAGUCCGGCAUCGAAGUAGUUCAUCGCGAGGCGGGCGCGCGCAACAUUUGCAUCGCUCUGGCCGAGCGAGUCUCUUCGACGGCCGACGAACGCGUUUUCGACAGCAUCAUCCGCAACCUGUACAGGAAACCUUUCGCUCGUGCCGUCGUCCUUUUCACGCGAGCCGACGAUGCCAGGGGAUUGUUAGCAGCGGCUAAACGACUGUCGAUUACGUCACAUUUCAUUUGGGUGGCGAGCGACGGCUGGGGCCGUCAACACAAAUUGGUCGAAGGUUUGGAAGACGUGGCUGAAGGGGCGUUGACGGUCGAUCUCGAAUCGAAAAGUGUUCCAGGAUUUGACGACUACAUGUUGUCGCUAACGCCGUCCAAUAAUCAGAGGAACCCGUGGUACGGUGACUAUUGGCAAGAAGUUCACGGCUGCCUACUGCCUCACAAUCAACAUCAUCCGCAAUCGACGUCCGCUCACGACGAUCAGCCGGCCAUCAGCCACGCUUCCGUUUGCCCGGCCGGUUUGAGGCUCACUCAUUUGGGCUACGAACAGGAUUCGAAAAUUCAGUUUGUCGUCGACGCUGUCUACGCCUUCGCUCACGCCAUUUCUGCCCUGCAGCGAGACGUUUGCGGCAACGCCUCGACAGCGGCCAGCCGACGCCCAGUUUACGGCGCUUGUCCGCAGCUGUUGAGUUACGACGGCGGUGAUUUCUACACCAAAUAUCUACUCAACGUUUCGUUCUUAGAUCCGGCCGGAAGCGAAGUGAAAUUUGACGCCCAAGGAGAUGGUCUGGCUCGCUACACUAUUAUGAAUUAUCGUCGACUUCCCAACGGCGCCAACAACGGCUACGAUUACAAGGAAGUGGGGAAAUGGUUCAACGAAUUGGAAUUGGAUCCAGCCGAUGUCAUCUGGACACGUGAACAAUCAGCUGUUCCAUCCAGCGUUUGUUCUCAACCAUGCGGCGUCGGUCAAGUGAAAAUCACUCAGCAGGGAGAUACGUGCUGUUGGAGUUGCGACCGCUGCGAUCCGUGGGAGUACGUCGAAAACGAGUUCAAAUGCGCUGAUUGCGGUCCCGGACGUUGGCCGUACGAUGACAAACGAGGCUGUUUCGAUUUGGAAAUGCAGUACAUGAGAUGGGACUCGCUUUUGGCCAUCGUUCCCAUUUGCGUCUCGUGCGGUGGCAUCCUCCUAACUGUCACGGUCAUUUCGAUUUUCGUCAGGCACAGCGAAACGCCCAUCGUCAAGGCGUCGGGAAGGGAGUUGAGUUUUGUGCUGCUGGGCGGCAUUUUACUCUGCUAUUUCAACACGUUCACUUUGCUGGCCAAGCCGAUGGUGGUGACGUGCGCCAUUCAACGUCUUUGCGUCGGCACCGGUUUCUCCAUCGUUUACGGCGCCCUCUUCACGAAAACCAACCGCAUUUCACGCAUAUUCGACUCGGCUUCACGCUCAGCCAAGCGGCCAAGUUUCAUCAGCCCCAAAUCUCAAAUGGUCAUUACGUCUUGCAUCAUUUCAUUUCAGAUGUUGGGCACGGUACUAUGGAUGUGGAUGGAGCCUCCGGGCAUUCGUGCGGCCUACCCUCAACGAGACCAAACGAUUCUCAAGUGCCGCAUGGAGGACUCUUCUUUCUUGCUCAGUCAAGUCUUUAAUGUGCUCCUCAUCGCCGUGUGCACCGUCUACGCCGUCAAAACCAGGAAAAUACCAGAAAAUUUCAACGAGUCUAAAUUCAUUGGAUUUACCAUGUACACGACUUGUAUCAUCUGGCUGGCUUUUUUACCAAUCUAUUUCGGAACGGCCAAUACGAACGAGAUUCAAAUAACGACAAUGUGUCUGACAAUCAGUCUGAGCGCUACCGUGGCUCUGGUGUGUCUCUACGUGCCCAAGGUUUACAUCAUCGUGUUCCAUCCGGAUAAGAACGUCCGCAAACUCACCAUGACUGCCACCUACCGGAAAGCGCCCACCCGACAGGGUACCGCAACCAGUUCUCCACCGGCCAAUAAUUCCAAUCAUAAAUCAUCCACCAAUCACCAUUCGGCUGCAGGAUAUUGUUGCGAUUGCGGGCAGGAAUUCUCGACUGGCGGCGAAAAAGUGCGUCUGCAACAAACUGUCGUAACGCAACAAGACCAGCAUAAGCAAUCCAUCUCUGCAGUGGCUCGAGUCAUUGUAGCUCCUGUGGAUCAGGAGAAUUCGUCCUUGUGCAAUGAAUCAGCCGAAGAGACGGACACGAGCAAGAACAACACGCCAGCAAUCAACCGAAGGCAGCACGUCGUUCACGUUGGACUGUCUUCCGAUGGCCUCCUACUGGACGACCACGAGAACGUGACACUCCUUUGAAAAUAAUUUCUUUAAAAAACAUAAAAAAUAAAAAAAAAAAAGAAAAUAAGUAAAUACAUUUUUAAAUAAAUAAAUAAAUUUUAAAUGAAAUUCGAAAUUUGAUAAAUUCUAAUAAUAAUGACUUACAGUAUAUAUUCUAUAUUUGUUUUAAAAAAGAAGAAAAAACAAACAAGGAGAGAUUUUUGCUCACUGUGUCGAGUGUCCCUUCAAAUAAUUGUAACUUUGUUCUCUCAGCACUGUGCGUGUACCAAAGUGACCCUCCCCACAUCCAAGUCUCUGCUACAUCAGUUCCGUGUGCCAUCUCCGAGUAAAAUUCACACGUGAUUGAACCCAACCGGAAAUGCCACAGGACAUUUUCCCAAUCUCUUGUGCUACACUGUUACUGCUGCUCUCGUGUUUUUAUUGAUCGAUCGUAUCGAUCUGGGCACCAUCUCCCCCUUGUGUAGAACAUUUUCACAUUCCUUGUGUUCCACCGCACAUCCCCUGUGAAAUCUUAUGAUCCCACGUCACUUUUUGAGGCUAAUAAUCUUUUAUGAAUAUCAAAUCUGUGCAUGUUAAUCACACACCCACACACACACACACACUGGAUUAAGACGUACUCUCAGCUAAUUCCACCAUUAUUUGAUAUGAUUUAUAUCAAAAGAUGAAUUGAUCUCAUGUCCUUGUUAAGCGGGGGGUGUCGAUAAUCCAAGUCAUUUUUCUGAUUUCUAGUCUUAACAGUGAAUAUUAACGACUGUUUAUUUCUACUUGUUGUUUAUUUGUUUGAGAGAAAUGCAGCAUAAUUAUAUACAACUGGGGAAAAUUAA